AAAUUCACGUGUUCCUUUUUUACCAGUUUCUAGGAAGUUGAAAAAGAAAGUAGAUUAAUUUUCUUUUAGAGUUUACUUGCAGAGCAAGAAAAACAAUUAGGACUACUCUAAUCAACGCUAUAAUUGUUCUUGACUUUGUUUUCACAGAGUCCAUUGCUUUCGUUGAUCAAAAAUUGUGUGGCGGAAAAUGACGGCAUUAACGGAGGAGGAGAAAAAGCUGGCGGAAAAAGUUGAAGCGGCUGUAAAUCCGUUUAUUUCACCGCCAAUUUCAACUUCUGUUGAUGAUCUUCUUCUUUUGCUUCAUAAACUUGAAAGUUGUUUAUCAGCAGUGGAACAGUCACCAUCCAACUGUGUGCAAAAGGCAUUGAACCCUGCAAUAAAGGUAUUGACAACUAAAAAGCUUAUAAAUCAUUCAAAUGUGGAUGUUAAAGUUGGUGUUGCAGCUUGUAUAUGUGAGAUUCUGAGAAUUACAGCGCCGGAUGCUCCUUAUGGUGAUGAACAAAUGAAGGAAAUAUGUAAGUUGAUUGUAGCGGCUUUUGAUAAUUUAUCUGAUAUUUCAAGCCCCUCAUACAGAAGAAGAGUUAGCAUUCUCGAAACGUUUUCAAAAAUCAGGUUAUGGAUUGUGAUGCUGGAUCUUGAAUGUAAUUCUUUGAUAUUGGAGAUGUUUGAGCUUUUUCUCAGAAAUGUGAGGGAAAACCAUCCUGAAGUUGUUUUUUUGUCCAUGGGGCUAAUUAUGAUCAUGGUCUUGGAGGAAGCUGAAGAUAUUUCACCAGAGCUUCUAUCCCCUAUUUUAAGCAGUGUAAGAAAGGGGAACCAGAGUGUUCUGCCUAUAGCUCAGAAAUUAGGCGAGAGAGUGAUCGAAAAUUGUGUUUCAGAACUUGUACCUUACAUGUCUCAGGCAGUGGAAUAUAUGGGCUUUCCUUUAGAUGAUUAUGAUAAAGUAAUUGCUUAUAUUUGUGCCCAAAAUCACGAGACUCUGAAUCGCAAUAAUGUCUUUCGAGAUAGCAGGGCUCUGAAACAUCAGGUGAGCCAGUAUGGAGAACUGGUUGAUCAGGAUUUAGGUCCUCCAUGGUUGGAACCAAUGCUAAGAGCAAGCUACUUUGUACCUUGUUCAUUUCAUAAGGGUUCAAGUAAAAAUAAAUGCAAUCUGUUUUGUUUGGAUUGUAUGGGCAAUGCACUUUGUUCUUGUUGUUCGAUCAAUCACAAGGAUCACCGCAUUAUCGAGAUAAUGCAAUCUUCAAACCACAAUGCCGUAAGAGUAAAUGAAAUACAGAAGUAUAUGGAUAUAUCACGUGUGCAGACUUGUAUUACUGGUAGAUCCAAAUUUGUGUAUCUGAAUGAGCAGCCUCAACCAAGAUUUGUAAAGGGUGUCACUGCUACCUGUGAGAUUUGUUGCAGAAGCCUGCUUCUGCUUGAUUGCUUCAGAUUCUGUUCUAUUGCUUGCAAGGCUAAGAAGAGUUUUGAUCAAGAGAUUAGCAAUCCAUCUUCAGUCAACAAAUCUCCCAAGUCUGAACUUAUUAAGAGAAGUCCCACAAAAAGAUCCAAGAAUGGUAGCGAUAAUGAGGAUAAGUACGUUGCAGAAAGCUGAAGGAUUUUCUGAUUCCGAAGACAUUUAGGACUCGUAGAAGUGAAGAACAUCGGAUGUUGAAGGUUGAAAGCAUGAGCCAAGGGUCAGUGGUUAACUAGUAACAAACUGAAUGUGUUCUUUAAUUUUUUGGUAAAUCAGCAGCAACUCUAAUGAAAAUAGAGUAUUCUGGCACUGCAGCCUAAAAACCAAUUAGGCUUUUUGGCAACCACUAGCCUCAUUUCAAUUUUUUUGUAUUCUGUUUGAAUGAAAAUUCUACAGGUUUUUCGGCUCAUGAUUGAGAUGUAUCCUCACUUUUAAUUAGAUGUUUAAUAUUAAAUUUUACAGCUUCAUUAACCA